AUUCCCAUUGAUGCGUCUGAAUGUGACCGAAGCCAAAAUAAAGUCCGCCAUUAUGGAAUUCACGCGUUUUUCUUUCAUUUUCACGGCUAUUAUGUGAUCUGAAGCGUCUCGACGUCGUGUAAGUCCAUCCCUCGGGUGUUUUGUGUCAGCAGAUAUUAUUAAAACGCGUUAAUGAGCUCAUACAGAUUCCGCGUGCGCGCGCUUUACGUGCUUUACGUGCAAAAGAUCGGCUCAAAGUUUCCCUUUAACUUUCAUUUUAUCAACAAUCACCAUGAGCUGAGCUGAAUGUGGAUAAACGAGUCUUCAUGAAUUCCUGCGAGACGAAAAUAUCCAAACAAACGCUGUAUAGCCGAGCUGGACGAAUCUGAAGUGAAGCCGAAGUGCUCUCUUUAGCUCCGGACUGAGUGUUUAUAUUGCAGAUCGCGAGCGCUUCGUCAAAACAACAGUAAAGUUCAGGAGAUUAUGCGAGCUCACCAUGUCUCUCUCAGUGGAUGAAUGUGGACCUCAGGAGCAGGUGGAGGAUGAGUUCACCUGCGCAGGUGUGUUGCGGGAGGCCAUUCGGGCGCUUCAGCCCACCGUGGAGCGAGUGUUUGGGGUGAAGCUGAGCAUCGGAGCAGAAGAAAGUCCUUCACAGGGUGGACAGAUCUGGCUGCAGCUGCGCGGCGCACGUACACAGGUCACUGCAGCAAAGCUGUUCGUGAAAGGCGUGGUCAAUCAGGAAGCUCAGAAAGAGAUGCAGUUCCCUGAAGUUCUUCAUUGUAUCUUCUGCGGCGCCAAAGGCUUGUUUAUGGAUUGCCUGAUUAAACACACCUCUGCUCAUAUGGUGGUGGGUUCUCCAGGAUUCCUCCUGAUCAGCGGGCUGACGGAGCCUGUAGUGAAGGCCUUCUCCUUCAUCGUAGACCUGGUGGAGAAGUACCGCAGCGGGCAGGGGCGGCGUCCUGACAGCGCAGGGGCGUCCCUAGAGUCCCGGCGAGCCUUCAAGACACUGGUGGAGGAACUGGAAGACCGGCACACGCUGGAGCUGCUGGCGCUGCCGGUGCGAGUGAAGGAGGCGCUGCUGGAGCUGGUCAGACUGGCCGGAAACACACACACUCGCACACUGCAGAACCCAGAAAACAGACACACACACACACUGCAGGACGCGGCGACCACACUGCAGGAGAACGGAGGAGUGCACGAAGCGUCUGAUAAUAAUAAUAGCGCAGAGAGCUCACAUUCACAGCGGCCACUCUUGGGUUUCACCCUGGACUCAAGACACUUUCAGACUCCAGAGCCUCCACAACCUGACCGGCCGCCGGAAAGCAGCGGAUGCGGAGAGGAGUUCCAGCACCUGCUCAAGUUCUUCACCGCUAUGGGCUUCACAGAGGCGGUGGUGCGCAGCGUUCUGGCCCGAACCGGCCCUAAAGAAGCCUCGCAACUCCUCGAUUUAAUCCAGCAGGAGCAGGACAAAACCGAUCAGCAAAACCAGCUCGGUUCUGGAGAAAUGCACGCGGUGGAGAGACCGGAGGCUAAUCAAACUGAUGCUAAACAGGACGACUUUGUGUUGGGAGUGUUGAAGGCGGCGGCGGCGACCUGCGGGUACACGGAGGAGCAUGUGAUGGAGGUGUACGGGAAUCUGCCUGAGAUAAAGCCUCACGAGCUGCUCAUGCAGCUGCAGAAACAGGAGCACGCGCACUUCAAUGGGCUCAGAAAUGGCAGCCAGCAAGCGGAUUGGACAACUGAGCAAAAUUCAAGGUCAUAUGUUGAGAACCUGGACCCUGGGAGCAGAAACAGAGCCUCAAACCAUGAGUCCUCCAAACCGGUGAGCAUUCCCGGGUCUGGAUCCACAGUCAAGGGCCCUCCGCAGAUGACGUACUCCUGGGAAAACAUGACUUCAGAUAUUCACCCAGUGAAUUCCUACAGCCAAUCGCCUCCGAAUGUCAAACAGAGCCUGGAUGUUACCUCAGCGAAGUUUUCGAAUACUAUACCUAAAGCAAAGCCAGAGCGAGGGGCCGUGGCGUCUGUGGUGACGGGACCCCAGCGGUUCCUGGAGGGCCUGAAGAAACCCUUCAGUCUGCAGCUGUCGGACCAGCCUGGAGACGCUCAGCUGCGGCACGUCAUCAUCGACGGCAGCAAUGUGGCCAUGAGUCAUGGUCUGGGGGUGUUUUUCUCCUGUCGAGGCAUCGCUCUGGCUGUCCAGCACUUCUGGGCUGAAGGGCAUCGAGAAAUCAUGGUGUUCGUCCCGCAGUGGAGGCAGAAGAACAACUCCAAGAUUAAAGAGAAGCACUACCUGAAUGAACUGCAUGAUCUGGGUUUGCUGUCAUACACACCGUCCAGAGAGGUGGAGGGCAAGAGGAUCAUCUCAUAUGAUGACAGGUUUAUGCUGGAUUUGGCGCAGAAGACGAAUGGAGUGAUUGUGACCAAUGACAACCUGAGAGAUCUAGUGGACGAGUCGCCCGCGUGGAGAGACAUCAUCAAGAAAAGUUUGCUGCAGUAUGUGUUUGCUGGAGAUCAGUUCAUGUUACCUGAUGAUCCGCUGGGUCGCGGUGGGCCACACCUGAGAGACUUUCUACAUAAACACAACAGCAGUUCACCUGUUCCCAGCAGUCACUCCUUCGCCGGUGUAUCUUCUCCGUCGUCUGCGGCUCCUGCUCCGCGAGCACACACUGACGGCCUGCAGUACCGCAACUGGACACCAGGGAGUCAUGGCUGGGGACAAGGGUCAUCAGCAGGUGAGGAAGUCAACGAGAGGUCGUUGGAGGAGACGAGGAGGCUGCGGCAGAGUCUAGUGUCCAUCUUUCCGGGUCAGGAAAGCGUGAUUAUUAUGAUAUUACAGUGCCAUCCCAACAUUCGAGACAUCAACCGACUGACAGAGCUCAUUCUGGAGCAACAGGAGUGAACAAAAACAAUACAGAAAAACUGCUUUAAAGCUACUGUCUGUUUGGGCUGGGGCGAUAAAUCAACGGAUUGUAAACUGUGGAUCAUUUUUUAUACUGGGUUCACAAUAAAUGCUAUUUUCAGGUUACUUACAAAUCCAA